ACUUUUUUGAUCUCGAGUGAAGCAGCACCGUAUCACACCAUGCAGGAACUGGAUAGAGAGCUGGCGAGACUAUGGCGUGUAUCGAGAACUGUCCAUGAGAUGAUGAGAGAUAGGGGGUACCAGGUGGCCGAUUAUGAGAUCAAUACAUCAUUUGACGAUUUUAAACAGGCUCACGGGAGCAGCGGACAGGUCGACCGGACCAAUAUGUCUUUUACUGCAGAUCACGAGGAAGAGUCUGGAAACAGGAUAUACGUCUACUUUUGCAGCGAUAGGAAUGUGUCAAAGGCGAAUGUGAAGACGUUUCUUGGCUCGAUGGAUCGGAUGAACGCUCAGAAAGGGCUUCUGAUUUAUGCCGAAAAGCUAUCACCGAUAGCAGCGAGGGCAAUGCAAGAGAUGUCGUCAGAGUAUCACUUGGAGCACUUCAAAGAGACCGAUCUCCUCGUCAACAUCACUCAUCAUUUCCUUGUACCAAAACACACCAUCAUGAAGACGGAGGACAAGCAGGCCUUGAUAAAGAAAUACCGACUCAAAGAGACGCAAUUACCUCGUAUAAUGAUCACGGAUCCCGUUGCUCGGUACUAUGGGUUAAGAAGAGGGCAGGUCAUGAAAAUUGAGCGGGCCAGUGAGACCGCUGGACGUUAUGUGACGUAUCGUAUCUGCAUGUGAUGUAUAUAUAUUCUGUAUGCCUAGACAGCCUCUUCAGGUUUUGCCUCCAGCUCAGACUCUGAGGGCGUCUCGGCCACCUCUGCUACCGCGUUCGGUCUUCUCCUUACAGCCUUGUCAUCCCGUACCUGAGCCAUCCAAGCGCCCUGCGGUGUCAGCACGGCAGGACGGGAAAACUCACAUCCUUUGGUCGCUUCUUUUUCGC